CUGAGUCAUCGAAAGACAGUCUACACAACCGGUACGCGCUAGGUUAAAGCAUGGUUUGUGCAAAGGCCCGACAGAAUUGAGGACAAAAAGAAUGGAAAUCGGAAUACAAGAAGCUACUUACAAAGGUAAGCGUGAGAAAUAAUGGCGUGAAAUCUACCACGUAAAGAAUCGAGUCAAGUGGAAGCGUUUAUACAAAAGACUUCAACAUCCAGAGGAGUAGCAAGUAAUGGAAUGGGAGAUUUGUCGAGACCUUAGACAAAAUGUUAGGCCGUUCCAAUGCCGCAGAACAGCUUCUAGAUAGGGAUAGUAAACUUCAGUGUCGUGCUAGUAGCCUUCUCGGUCAUAAGACUGAUUGUUUCGCUUUUCCAUGGUUCACUUGCUUGGUUUUGACUCGUAACACGUAAACGUUAAUCUAGAGCUUUUUACUGAACUGUCCCAGGAUUCAGGAUUGCCGUUAGAAAGUUUCCGUUUAUGUGUGUUAAAAAAAAAAAAUCCAUGGAAUGCUUUUAGCAUAGACUAAUUCUUGUUGUUCAUGUUCACCCGUGUGACAACUGUACUAUAUGCAAAUUUCGAGUGUUGACCUGACACUUAAAAUCAUUGGGCCAAUUUUGUAAACGUAGGUUAGCUAGUGUUUAACAAAACCGCGUUCUAAGUCAUUUUCAAUUUGCCCAACGAUUUUAUCUAAACAUCAUUUAUUGUGAACAGUUUUAUGACAGCAUAUUGAGAAGACUAGAAAUUAAAGUAUUUUUCUUCUUAAAACAAUCCACCAAAGAAGAGAUCUGGAGGUUCAAAGAUUCGUUGAACCGCGGCUUAAGUUAGACUCCACUGUUUUUUUCUGGUUGCUAAGAACUUUUUUGCAGAGUGUAAAGGUUGCAAUUACCAGCUGAGAGUUUUAACAAGGUAGUCAGCACCGCCAGCAAGGAUAAAACUACUCUGUGAACGCCAGGGAACUAAUAUCAGACCAUUCACUUUUCGAAAAAAACUGUUAUAAUAUGAGAACCACGGAGGGCUGUCAUUUCCAACUUGGUUAACGAUAAUAAAUAAACAUCACCAACUUUAGCGGGCAAAACGCAGUCGAUGUUUUCGUUUAAUAAGGGGUUUAGUUGUAAGGGGCCUCAUACUGAGGAUUUUUUGGCGGGGGGCUGAGGCCUUGGGGCAGGCGGAAGCCAGAAAAUUUUCACUUGUUACUCAAAAUGUUCUUGAUGAUAAUAAAUUCAAUGGAAAAAAAUCGAAAUAUAUUUUGUUUGCUAAACAAAAGACCGCCUGCGAGUUGACGAAGUAUGGCAGUAAUGCUUAUUCCAAUUUGUACUUGUGAUAUGGAACAAUUAUUAUUAUUUUUUUUUUAAAAAAGGGUACAUUAAUGCAUUAAAUAAACUCUGUAGCUUGUAAUUUGAAAACAAUUUUUUUUUACGACACUGCGGACAGAAAGCCACUCGAACCGACAUAAAAUAAAGCGUCACGCAAUCGUUCUUGAAUUUCCCUUCUAGCAGAGGUCUCUCACGGCAAGAGAAAAUUCAAUGAUUUGAAAGAGAGUGACCUUUGCCUGCCCCCGAUGCGUUUUCCAUCACUCAUGCACUGACGUAUCCUUAAAAACCAUUAAUGUUUAGUCACGUGCGACACAACUUACAGAACCGGUUUGCGCGAUAACAACGUGGGCUGAGAAGUUUCCAGGAUGCAAUCUCAACAGGGCAGGAGUAUUCCACAUUAAACGAACCGGUUUUGAAAACCAGUGAGUCUCGGCCACAAAUGUUGCCGGCGGCUUCAUAAAACGACGCGUCGGAGGCCAACAGAGGUCUCUCUAUUUCAUUUUCUCUUGCCGUAAGAGACCUCUGCUAGGAGAGAAUUCUCGACUCCAUGAUGAGUGCUAAUAUUUCCUUUAGACAAUCGCUAUUUCUUAAAAGCAAGUCAUGAUAUUGGAAGGUUACGCAACUUCCUUGUCCUGCUGUUCUAUAUAUAAAUCACUAUCAAGAGAGGAUAAAGGGGACAGAGAAGGCAUCCCCCAUACACACCCUAUUACAUUGGUAAUUCGUCUCGAGUUAUUUUUAAGACCACAGAUCCCAAGGGGGAUUAGACAACAGCCAAUCACAUAGUGCGAAUGUGUUCCGCGUGGAUAAGCCACGCUCAGAGCCACGUGUUCUUCACGAAUUGACGCAGAACAAAAUGGCGGAAGACGCGGAGAGUGAUAUUGCUAUUCGUUUUGUCGACGAAAACGACUACAGAGAGAUUUCUGCUAAAGCUGUGUCAGCGAAACGGAAAUUAAAAAAGAAUCGCCUUUCCUGGCUUUUUUCUAAGCAUUGCUACGACGUUGAUUCGAGCAAAGCUGAGAGUUCUAGCAAAGAAGAUGAAAAAGUCAGUGCACGCGAGGAGGAAGCUGUAACCGAAACGGAGAGUGCUAAUGAAAUACAAGAAAAAGUAGAAAGCUCCUAUUCCGAUGAAAGUUCAGCAGAUGAAGCGAAGAGGAGGAAUUGUGCAGGGAAGCAUAAACCUGCGCCUUCGAGUUCGACCGUCACCAAAUCAAGCAAAAGGGCGCCGAAGAAAUCAAAUAAACGGAAAGAGAGUCUUUCGAAAGAAGAGAUGUAGCGAUUCCUUUUUUCCAGGUGAGCGCCGACUCAUUUCGCUUCAAUAUUCAGGAAUGCUCCCGAUCUCUUUACGCUUUCAUUGCCUUUCGCCCGACAUGUUUUACACGGCGUUUAGUCAUGCGAAACCUCCAUGAAACAUCCACGCAGCGCGCGAGGUAACUUUAAUUUUUUACCCGGAUUCUAAAAAUAAUUCGAGACGAAUUACCCAUGGAAUAGGGUGUAUAUGGGGGAUGCCUUCUCUGUCCCCUUUAUCCUCUCUUGUCACCACUUAAAGUUGUUUCAGGUAUUCUUGACACUCGGUACACAUGGUAUGGUGUUGCAUUAAUAAUAACUUAAUUAUUAGAUCAAGGCUGAGGGUUUAGCUGUUGUUAUGGAAGAACUUAUAAGUAACGAAGUGACAUGUGACGUAGGUGAAAAGGUGUAGAGGUAUGACACGAAAAAAAUUGGUCAGAAUGUCCUACUACAAAAGAGCCUUGUUUGAGACUAAUAAGUAGCAGCUUAAAAAGCAAAUCGGUCGGCAGCAGAUAAAGGAAAGUAAAUUGAAGUGAACGUUUGGUUCGCUCAGUUGAACAUAAUGAGGAAGCAUCGAUCAUAAUUAAAGGACAAUGUACAAGGAUUCCGGCUGAAUUAUUCCAAACGAAUGUGAUGCAUGGAAGAAUAGCUAGUCAAUUUGAAGACUGUCAUGCUGCUUUCUUCCCUACAGAAAACGGUAACUUACCGUUUUCUGCAGGGAAAGCCAACUACACCAAGAAGGAAAUGCGUCCCGACCUGUAAUUCCCUGGGACUACUUCCUGAUAUAAGCCAUAAUGGUACAUUGGGCCGCCCCAAAGGGUAUAGUUUUGCGCCGUUUUGGCCUGAAAAUGGGUAUAGAUUUUGCCCAUUUUGGUCUGUAAUCGGGUAUAGUUUACGAGGGAACUACGUUACCGUAGUGCAUGAAUGUUUUCGUCGUUUCAAUUCCGAACAAGAGAGGAUAAAGGGUAUGAAUAAGAAAGAAAGUGUAAUAUGCGAAUGUAAUACGUGUGUUGCGUUUUGUGACCAACCCAGGUCUGAAAACGGGUGUGGAAAAUGACAUUUUUUGGUCUGAAAUGUGGUCUGGAUUCGGAGAAGAGGGCGGCACACCUCCACCAAGAAUUCUCUGGAGAACUCCACAAGCUGUGAUUUUAGUUUACGGUGUUGUCAAAUGUCACGAAAAGACUAGCCCUCCUGGAUGCUCACUCAUACGUAUACAAAGGACGGAGGUUUCAUGCCCUGCAGUUUUUAAAUUGUUGUAUUCUCAAUAAAUCUUUUAACUGUUUCUUUUUUAGAGUGUUGAAAGAUUAUCAACUGGAAUAAAAAAUGAGCAGUGGUGAAGACAAGAAUUCAGGUUAGUGAAAAACAAGACAUUCAACAAUUUUCCCCAGAUAUUUUCUUGUAUUUUCCUUUCUUAUCAAGUUUUCCAUGCUUAUUACAGCAAAACAUUUUUUGUAACCUCAUCAGACCCGAAUAACGAUGUGGUUUAUUCUAAUAAGUUAUCUUGCCAGCAUGGUGUCUAUAAUUUGAAUUUUGUAAAUUUAUCACUCAGGAGUUUUGACCGAUCACUACCGUUUUACGUAAUUGGUAAAGUAGUGAUUUCAAAGUAAGAUUAUCAACAUUAUUCAGCUUAUCCUUUUCUAUGAAAUUUCGAUGGAUGAACUGAUUUUUGAUUCGAAUAAAAAGCAUUUUACUGAAUUAAUGUGAUGGAACUAUUACAAAUUUAAGGCUGGGCGGAUUCUUCAAAUAAGGGAUAUAGCUUUAACCAGUGCUCUGCCUUUAGGCUUACCUUAUUGCAAACUACCGAUGGGACAAAUUUUUCAGUGUACGAACCUUGUUCGAACAAGUAAUAGACUAGUGGGUAGGGGUAGUGGUGUCCCAAGCAUUCGUAUUGGGGGUGGGGGAAGAGAAGCAUAAGUUCUCAUAACUAUGUUGGUAAAGCAUUGCAGCUCUAACGGAGACUAUAUGGGCUCUUAUCCCGUUAAAGCCCUGAAAUUUUUUUUCGGGUCAAUUUGCAAUUGCUUAAAAUGUAAUUAAAGCUGCGACGAUCAUAUCUUUAUUAAAACUGGAAUAGCUUCGAGUUUAAGUUGUUGUGCGUUCAAGGUUAAAAAUUUUGCUCUUCCACUUUCUCCUUCCUUUACUCUUUGUCAAUAAUAACAGUUGGUAGGUCCGAGAGAAGAUGGAGCAGUGACCCUCUAAGAGGUAAGUCGUCGGCUAAUAAAAUCUGUUAGCAUUUCAGUCAUCAGCAGAGAGCGAGAAAAACCAAACCAAACCACUUAACUGCUGUUUCGAAGACCAAUCAUGGGAGCAAAUUAACGUGUCUAAGUUAAUCCCCGCCCCCAAGCGCAUUCAUUCGCAUUCUCCUUGCCAUUAUCUGCAGGAUGCUGGUGAAGUAGUUUUUGAUUAUUUAAUGUUUACAGACUAAGCUUAAAUUUAGGAUGAAAAGGUAUUUUUUUCGAGUUUACCUAUGAUGUCAAGGUUUAAAAAUUUUGCGUCGUCAAGCCAAAAGUGGCAUGAGUGAGUUAUGCAAUGCAGCUCAAUGCCUUCUCGUGGUAUAGCCUGAAUAUCCCACCACUGACAUGAUUUUUCUUUAUACACAUGGUUACUCACACCGUAACGUAACGUUAACACGUUAAGAAUUGAACUCACUCAUGGAAUAUUUUACUGUGAAACACUCGGAAGCUGAAUAACAAGUACAGUUGAACCUCUCUACAACGGCCACUUUUGUCUGUCCUCCAGGUGGCCGUUGUAGAAAGGUUCGACUGUAUAUGAACCUUAAAAAACGAUAUUAAAAUAUGCUCAAUGUUUUGAGUUCACUUUGAUACUCGGUUACCGCGCACCAAAUUUACGUUUUGUAAAACUGUAAUCAAAUUUAAUGAAAACGGCUGUCAUUAUGUCGGAGCACGUUUUAUAAAACUCGAAAAAUCGGAAGAUCGAUUGGGACAAGUAUGGAAAAAAUCCUUGUUGCUUUCAAGAUGUUGUGAAGGCAACCGAACCCUAUUUUUGGUGAUAUUACCCGUUGCAUACCAUCAAAUAUGCAACGAGUUGCUUGCUUUCCGAUUAGCUGUAUUGUUUAUGGCAUGGGAUAAAUUUUGGUAUACCAAUGUAUUGCCGUUUCUCAGCUCCUGCGUUUCUAUAAUGCCGUGGCACCUCUAUUCAGGUGACACCCUCGGAACCAAGGCAAGGGUGCCCUGAAUGGUUGGGCUGAGGUUUGUUAAUAAUAAGCCAAAAAAUAAAAUCUUUAUUUUUUAUUCUGCCUCGGAAUCUACUGCAGACAUUAUUUCAAGCAGAGAGAUACAUGUAAUGGAUAAAAAAUCACGAUUAACUUACCUCUGUGAUGUUGUGUGUUGAAUCUUUCAAGUGCGGUAGAACAUCAAUUUUAGUUGACGUUGUUCAUGUGUUAAAAGUUGUCGCCAUUGUGGUUAGUGUACACUUAAACUUACCAAAGAUUUUACUGGUCAGUCUCUUUUUGAGUGCUAAGGUGUUCCCUGAUUGGAGGUUUCAUCUGGGUUUUAAGACCCGGAAAAAGUGUCCCUUUCCCCUGAAUAGAGGUGUCCCUUCAAUAGAGGUAACGUAACAAAUACAAAAACUGUGUGAACAUUCUCCCGAGACCAAAUUUUGUAACCACUGAAUGGAGGUGUCCCUUAAAUAGAGGUGUCUCAAAGGAGAGGUUCCACUGUACACGCAGACAGAAUUUUUAUUUAUUUUUGUUUCCAGACAUCGGUGCAUUUUUAAAUCUCACUCGUCGAUCAUAGUUUGUGAAUUUCGAUAUUAAGGUGUUUCAGUCGCUUUAAAAGUGAUUUUAUCCUUGUCUGAUCGUCAUAAAAUUUUUACCAAUGAUUGACUAUAGAUUGAAAUUUGUCAAAAUGUAGGUUUUAGUAAAAUCGAUAUUACUAUGACGACAAUAAACAAACAACUUUGAAAUUGAAAAACGCCUAAUUUUGCGCGAUCUAGACCAGCUACUUAAAAUCCAGCAAGAGGAACUUAAAGGUUGGUGUUUAGCAAAUAAACUCCGUAAGAAGUAGAAAAUUCUGUUUGAAUUCGACUGAAAGGAAAAUAUAUUUCAAACCUAAAUUUUCGCGCUACAACAUUCACUGUUUUGACGUUACGCUAAUUUUCCCAAAUUGAUGCGGACAAUACAUAUAUCCAUGACUAGUACAUUUCAGUGUGAGUAUUGUCGAUGUUUUACUACAAUGUACUAGUCAUGGUGGUAUGUAGCGCGCAUUAUUUUAGCAUAACGUCAAAACAGUGAAUGUUGUAACGCAGAUUUUUGACAGGUUCGUAGGAAAGGUUUGUCUUGAAAUUUUAUCUUGCAGUGAAUCAAUCUCAAUAAAAGUGUCAGACCUUGUUAUAUACAUUAUCAAGAUUAUGUGAAGAGAUUUUAAAAAAAUUCGCUCGCGAGUCGUUUCAGAGAAAAGUCCAAAUUUUGAAUGAAGUUGCAAUUAUACAGGUGGUAGGAAAACGGGUUAGUUUUCAAGAUCGCAAGAACGAAAAUACAAGGAAAUUUUUUAGCUUCGAAAUAUGAUAUUAAGCAAUAUGGUAUUAAUAUGAUAUUAAGCAGCAUUCUGACUAAGAAUAAUUUGAGUCAUUUAUAACGUGUUUAUUAAAUAAUCUAUCACGGCUGUUGAAAAUUUAAUGUUCGAAAUAUAUUUUCGUUUUAGUCGAAUUCAAACAUAGAGAAUUUUUUACUUCUUACGGAGAAGUGUUGGAGUGUUGGAUUUCAGUAGCUGGUCUAGAUCACACAAAAUUCGGCUUUUAUCAAUUUCAAAGGGAUUUGUAUAUUGUUACAUUUUCACAAAUUUCAAUCCAUAGCCAAUUACUGUGAAAAUUUUAUAGCAAUCGGACAAGGAAAAAAACACUUUUAAGGCGAUUGAAAAAUAUCGGUACGGCCUCUGAAAAACUGUAUCGAAACACCUUAAGUGUUGUCAAAAACGGAUUCCGUUUCUGUUCUUUUCUCUCAUGGACAUCCUGAGAUUCGUGUAAGGGAAACAUCACGCUUAAACUGAUUUGUUUUCAUUGACGGAGAUGGUAAUAUUUGUCUCCUAUCAGGUAAAAGAAGACCUGGCUCUAAACGUCAUCCUCGUCCCAAGACGACUUAUAUAGGUAAUUAAUCGUAUGUUAUAAAGUGCAGUAUUUUCUUUUUUGCAGAACAAGGCGGGCAAAAUCUAUCCAGUUUUUUAAUGGGAUUGUAAUAGAUACUCUUUUUUUCCUAGACAGCACAAAUUUUGACCCUGAAAGUCCAUAUCGUCCUCAAGCUGUCGAUGCAGGUAAUUCAUUGUUUUGCCAAUUAGCCUUUUUUCCUCCCAAGUACUCUAAAUUCAAAUACUUCUAAAUCAAAAAAGCCUUUCCACAUCUCACUUUAGUGUGUAAGCAAAAUGAAAAUGAAAUGAGGUCAAAACUUGGGUGCACAAUUUCAAGCAAAUCACUGUGUUUUGUGGAUACUCCAAGCUUCGAGUCGGUACCUUUGUUCAAGUAAAUGGGGGAAAGGCCUAUUCCUAUAGUAACAAUUACUUAUACUUUAUUAUUAGUCAACAAAAACACAUGUUUAUGAAUUUUCCUUUCUAUGCAAUUUUAAUGCAUAUUUGAUAUGUUAAUUGAUGAAUUUAUUAGAUAGUUCAAACAACCAUGUCUUUUUUUCCUAGACAGCACAUAUUUUGACCCUGAAAGUUCAUAUCGUCCUCAAGCUCUCGAUGGAGGUAAUUCAUUGUUUUGCCAAUUAGCCUUUUUACUUCCCAAGUACUCUAAAUUCAAAUACUUCUAAAUCAAAAAACCUUUCCACAUCUCCCUUUAGUGUGUAAGCAAAAUGAAAAUGAAAUGAGGUCAAAACUUGGGUGCAUAAUUUCAAGCAAAUCACUGUGUUUUGUGGAUACCUUUUGUUCAAGUAAAUGGGGGAAAGGCCUAUUCCUAUAGUAACAAUUACUCAUACUUUAUCAUUAGUCAACAACACAUGUUUAUGAAUUUUCCUUUCUAUGCAAUUUUAAUGCAUAUUUGAUAUGUUAAUUGAUGAAUUUAUUAGAUAGUUCAAACAACUAUGUUAAAGCCAAAGCACUUAUGCAUUUGCUCAGAAGCUGAAAACAUGAUUGAGCGUUUUUUUUUCUAGAGCCAGCCGCUUGAAAAUGUUCACUGCACGGCUGCUGCCAGUGUUCCUAGCGACAAUUCUAUCCGCUUUCUUCUGCAAUGUCUCUUAUUUCCGAUUCUCUCUCUUACCACCACAACCAUUAAUUGCACCAAAUCAGUUUGCCAACAAAUUUCCUACCAAUUUCUCGAUUUAUUUUCAAUCAAGAAGAUUCCAAACGAAAAACCCAUCCAUUGUCAAAGAAACGCUUUCGAGGAAAGAGUUGCAUUCUAUUUUCUUUAUUGAGAGCACUCGCCUCCCACCAAUGUAUCCCGGGUUCAAAUCCGGGCGUCGAAGCCAUAUGUGAGUUGAUUUUGUUAUUAGUUCUCUUCCUUGCUCCGAGAGGUUUUUCUCCGGGUACUCCUGUUUUCCCCUCUCCCUAAAAACCAACAUUUCUAAGUUCCAAUUGGACCAGGAAUCAAGUAGACGAAGAACCACUAUGUGGAUGUGAUACGUGCAAAUCGUUAUUUAUUAUUUAUUUAUUUAUUUAUUUAUUUAUUGAUUUAUUGUUCCAAACCAGUUAAACCAACUAAAAGUAGCACAUCAUCUUGUCCAACUGAGAUUCCACCGCACGUUGUUGAAAAGAUGAAGACAAAAUCCUAUCACUUCAUUGGCGUUGAUGCAUUCCUCAGCAAGUAA